GUUUUCCGUGUGCUCAGGUCGCUCGAUCGUUGACGGUUGCCGAAACCGCUCGUGGAAAUGCGCGCCUUGCGUCUCUUGGGUUUCCUUCACCUCCCGUCCAACCGAACUCCAAAUGACGCCGGAGAGCCCACGACGACGGCGAACGCACAGCAUUAACGAACCUCCAGCCACUUCCACUUAGAGAUACAGUGUACACGGCAGCAUGCCAACAGUGGCCUUCUGUGCAGACCCAUCUAGACUUUGCUGCUUUCGGAAUUCUCGGUUUCUGCGUUGAGAAGAAUUUUCGGCGAGCAAUUCGACAAGCAACUCGAGAGACAGUACCUGUACCAUAGAACAUAUAGAAAAGGACCGCACAGUAUGACGGGCAGAGACACCGCCGCAGUGGUCGUAGGCUACGCCGCCCUCGUCUUUUGGUCCUUCCAGCUGCUUCCCCAAGUACUGAAAUCCUUCCGCGCGAAAUCCACUGGCGGCCUCAGCGCCACCAUGAUGUUCCUCUGGGCGAUCUGGACGCCGUUCUUUGCGGCGUACGCGCUGUACUCGGGCCUCAAGCUUCCGCUGAUUAUACAGCCGAAUUUGUUUGGGUUCUUUGCGGCGGUUUGUUUUGUGCAGGUUUUGCAUUAUCCUGCUGAGCGUGGGGAAGAAGGUGGACAGCAUACUAGUGAGGAGGGAUCGGAUGGGGGCCGCAAAGUGGGCAGGUGGAAGAAGGUGUUUGGGAGGACGUGGGUGGCGGUUGGGAUGUUGGGAGUGUGUUUGAUGCUGUUGGGUGGUGCUGAGGCUGGGUUGUAUUAUGCGAUUUGUGCGGCGGACGAAGCCGGCACAAAAAGCGGCGGCGACUUCGUGACAGCCAUGGGGAUUAUGCCCACCAUCCUCAUCAUCGGCGGGUUCCUCCCGCAGUACAUCGACAUCUUCCGAACAAGCAUAGUAGACGGAAUAUCCCAACCCUUCCUCCUCAUGGACAUCCUCGGCGCCGUCCUCUCGCUCAUCGCGCUUGGGCUCGAGCCGCCGCCGUUCGAUUGGCUGAAUGCGGGGAGUUAUUUGGCGGUGGGCAUUUUGGAUGUGGGAAUCUUGGUGCUUAUUAGGGUUUAUACGUGGAGGAAGGGCGGGAGGGGAGAGAAGGGGGUUGUGGUGCCGGAGAUGGUGUAGAGGUUUGUUCAAGGCGUAGGUUGGAUUGCGGCGGGUGGAUAGAGGUUAGAUAGAGGAAUGUUUUUGGAAUAUUUAAUACCGAUAGCAUUUGAGUUGCUC